AUGUACCAGAGAAACUUCCGGCUUAACGUCACCGGAGAACUCGACGAGAUCACUCUCCAACACGUCGUGAUCCCACGUUGCGGCGUCCCCGACGUAGUCAACGGCACCUCAACUAUGCAUGGCGGUACCGGUGGAGGAAGAAGGACAUAUGAGGUCUCCUUCGCCGGACGGGGCCCACGUUUCCACGCCGUAAAACACUACUCUUUUUUCCCGGGUGAGCCGCGUUGGCCGGACCACAACCGUGAUCUAACCUACGCGACGCGCGUUCGCUCGUUGGGCAGAGGUGAUUCCACUAACGUUCACGCGCGUGGAGUCGUUCUUGACCUCCGACAUCAGCAUAGGAUUCUACUCCGGCGAUCACGGUGA